GAAAGACGCUUUCGUAUCUCAAGGAGUUGAACAAGUUGCCAGAAGUGUCUGUUGUAGGAGACUAUGUGAAAUUCGUCCGACUCAACACUUCUGACAACGAAGAAGUAAGCGACGAAUCUACCAGAGGAAACGAUUCAGAAGAACUGUCUUUCAUGAUCGACCGAGCUGUCGAUAAAUUCUUUAGUAACCACGUUAUGAAAUUCAGCGCGUUGGGAAAGGAUGUGUCAGUUCCAAACACAGUAGAUGAGUUUGUGGGUCGAAAAAGGCGCAAGGGUGGCGGCGGAGGCGGGCACGGCGGUGGUGACGACGGCGGCAAGAAGAAGAUGAUGAUGAUGGCCAUGAUGUGUAUGAAGAUGAAACUUAUGAUGAUGGUUCCCGCGAUGAUGGGAAUGAUGGGAAUGAUGUCCUUCAAAGGAAUGAUGUUCAGCAUGAUGUCAUUCAUGAUAGCUAAGAUGAUGCUGCUGAUGAAAAUUCUUGAAAAGAAGGGCGGUGGAGGAGGCGGUGGCGGCGGCGGUGACGGGGGUUGGCCGGCAGGUGGCGGAGGCGGCGGUGCUUGGAUGCCAGCAGGUUCCGACUACGCAGGGGGAGGUGCCGGUGGAGGUUACGACGCCAACGGACAAUGGCAAAGCAGGUCAAUCAACAACAAUCCUGAAAUAACUGAUGCUCACAAACUUACUGUAUCGUACGUAACACCAGCAGUCAGAAAUCACAACAAAAACAUUAUUGAGACUUCCACGGAAAACGAUAAGCCAAAAUCGAGAGGCAAGAGAGGUAUAGUCGAUGCCCUCCAAUAUGCUUAUACUUACUGGAUCAACAGGAUAAUAGGUGGAAGCGUAAACAGAAGAAAGAGGCAGCCCACUUACAAAUACGUGAAUGGUGUGAAGUACGUUUACUAUCCAAUGAAAGUGUUGCAGAAAAUGAAACAGCACAAAGAACCGCCAAUCAAAACUGUAGAUGACUUCAAGCCGAUGAUAGUAGCAGAGGAUUUUAACAAAGGCGAGAUUGUAGAAGUUCCUAUAGAGAGUAGAAUGAAUAAGAAGAAACUUAUGAAAAUGAAAGAUGCUGUAAAUGAGAACGUGGAGUCGAACCCAUGGGAAUGACUAUAUUACUUGAUGAAGUUCUACAUUCUAGACACAAUAGUGGAGCCAGACUUUAAAUCGUUCUUGUUCUUGUAGUGUGUGUUGUACAUUUUGAGGUCAUAAAUUACGUAAAUAAUAGUAACUUAUUUAAUUUACUUUAAAUCAGGGGCAAAUUCUGUUUGCAUAUUCUAUAAAUCAUGUUAUUAUAAUAACAAUAAAAAAAUAUUAUUAUAAAAAAAAACUUUAACAUAGAUUUUAUUUUAUAAUAAAGUGUAUAUUUGCUAAGCUUAUUUGCAUAGAUUUAUUAUAGGUAUUUAUAUUAAAUCUACGCUAAUGUCAAUCAAUCCCAAAAUAAAAAAUGACCCUAACGUAAGUAAAAUAUAUUUAAAAAUGAUUAGGGAGGUAUUCUCUUAAUUUUUCUAUUAAGUCAAGCUUUAUUUAGUUUGUCAUUAGUAUUACUAUUUACUGCUAAUAUUGUAUG